AUGGACGGGACAAACGGUGGGGGCACGGCAGGCGCACAAGGGGGGAAGGAGGGUCAGGCGAUGGCAGAGCGACGGUGGAACGAUGUGGGACGGUCAGCUGGCGCAACGGACGGGGAACCGGGGCCGGCAGGGCCGGACCGCUACGGUGGAGAGGUGGUGCCGCCGGAAAACUUUAGCCCUGUGGUGGGGGAGAUUUACCGCUCGAGCUUUCCGCGGCCGGAGAACUUUGCGUUUCUGCAGGAGCGCGUGAGGCUGCGCAGCAUCCUGGUACUGAUUCCGGAGGAGUACCCGCCGGAGAACCAGGAGUUCGUGGAACGGGCAGGGAUUCAGCUGUUCCAGGUGGGGAUGAGCGGGAACAAGGAGCCAUUCGUGAACAUCCCGCGGGACGUGCUGACGCGGGCACUGGCGAUCGCGCUGGAUCCCGCCAACCACCCGAUCCUCAUACACUGCAACCGGGGGAAGCACCGAACGGGGUGCUUGGUGGGGUGCAUCCGCAAGCUGCAGAACUGGUCGCUGACGAUGAUAUUCGACGAGUACCGGCGGUUUGCGUUCCCCAAGGCGCGCGCGAUGGACCAGCAGUUCAUCGAGAUGUACGAGGACCGCGAGCUGAUCGUAGAGGCCGUACGGCGGCGGUGGCUGCCAAUAGCGUGGUAG